CCUCGCCCUCCUCCCUCUCUCUCCCUGCCCCUCCUGUCCCCCCCCCUCGUCACCACCAUCCUCGCCGGCCGCGCCGUGCCCCCGCGCUGCAGUUUUUGGCUGGCACGCCUCGGCGCGGCGGGUAUAGCGCAAGCUUCGACCCUCGCGCCCUCGUAUUUUCCGCAGCGCCCGCCGUAAUUAGCCAUGCCGGCCGACUCGGCUACGUGCAGCCUCGUGGAGGAGGAGUCCGAGCGCGCGGAGCUCGUGCGCCCCGGGCGCGGGGGCGCCGCGCGGGCGCCGGGCGCCGGGCCGCGCCGCGCCGCCGCGGCCCUGGCCGUGCUGCUGGUGGCGGGAGCCGCCGCCGCUGCCGUGGCGGCGCGGCGCGGCAGACUCGGCGGCGCCGCGGGGCGAGCGGCCGCCACGGCGGGGGACGCCUUGGGCCUGGCGCAGCAGAAGAAGGGCCACGUCGAGGAGAUCGAGGAGAUCACCGGCAAGGCGGAGGAGGACCCCUGCAGGAACCGCAAGGGCCAGGCGGGGCGCCGGCUGAAGUCCAAGACGAGGGCGCACGAGGUCGAGGAGAAGACGGAGAUCGAGAAGCUCCUCGCGCAGGAAAAGGCGGACAUAGAGAGCGAGGAGGACCCGUGCAAGCUGCCGGAGGAGGCCGUGCUGAAGGUGCAGAGGAUCAUUGACGAAGAGAUGGAGGGCGCGGAGUUCGCGGCCCAUGAGAAGGAGGUGAAGUACUUGAAGGAGGAGCUGAACAAGCUGCGGGGCUCAUCCAAAAAGCCGCACACCAAGAUCGCCAACGGCACGGGCAACAGCACAGCCAAGAACGGCAGCACAGCCAAGGCCAGCAGCAAGAAAAAGGCCCCCAACAUCACGCGCGGGCGGGAGCCGCCGCCCGCGUCCAACUGCUCCGACGCGGACGAGGACUGCCGGCAGACCCAGUGUUGCUCAGACCCCGGGCGCCAGUGCUACCCGAGGGAACGAGUGGUGGGCGAGCUGCCGGGUGGAAUGCGUCCCCGGCGUACCCGACCCCUCCGACCUGGAUUCCGAGGUCUGGACGUGCGAGGAGUACGGCAACCGCACGGCCGGCGAGGUGGUCGAUCAGGAGAAAUGCCACGACGUCGGCGACAAUUGCAUGACGAACCGAUGCUGCAAGGAUCCAGGCUUCGCCUGCUACACCAAGAACGAAACGUUCGGAAUGUGCCUGCUGGAGUGCACCCCUGGGUCUCAGUACUUCGACCUGGACAACGCGGACCCGUGGAGCUGCCGCCAGGCUGGGCCGGGCACGCCCUCUACGAUCGGCGACUGGGUGGAGGAGAAUUGCUCCGGGGAGGUGGACGACUGCAGCCAGACGAAGUGCUGCUCGACCGUCGGCUUCAUGUGCUACGCGAUGAACGAGG